ACGAAGUUUCGAACCCCAGAAGAAACGUGACAUAAAGCUAGGUCCGAAAUCGAAAGUGGAAAGUGGCAACAUACCUGAAGUGUCCUGAAGUAGAAGAGUGGUCGAGGCCCCAAACAAAAGGAUAAAAUGCUGAGUGCAGCAACCCCAGAGGAAGGCACACACCAAAAGAAUGAAGAGGACAUGGAUGUGACGGAUAACCUAGAAGAGGAUGAAGAGAACGAGGAAGAUGACGAUGUUGAGGAGGAUGUGGAAGGGCCGCAAGAUGUGGGAGGCUUCACUGUUCUGGGAGAGUUCAAGGCGAAAGAAAAGAAAAAGGUUGAAAGGAUUCUGCCCAACUGGCUACGCUACCCAGUGAUCAUCCAGCCUCAAGAAGAUAAAAGCUUCUGCGAUAUUCAGGGUUUAGAUCGCACACUCGUCGAGAAAUUGAAAACAGCGAAUAUACAGUCCUGUUUUCCAGUACAAUGGACUGUGAUCCCAGAGCUUUUAGCCCAGUGCGAAUGUGGGGUGUACGCUGGAGAUGCUGGCUUCCGAACCCGAGACAUCUGCGUGUCUGCUCCAACAGGAAGUGGAAAGACUCUCACCUUUGCCCUGCCCAUUAUACAGGCCUUACAAACCAGAGUUGUCCCCCAUGUGAGGGCUCUGGUGAUCCUCCCAGUCCGUGACCUGGCGGUGCAGGUGUACAAAGUGUUUGAGGAGUUCACAAAGGACACACCUCUCAAGGUUGUUUUAUUAGCUGGCAAGAAAGAAUUCCAGAUAGAACAGAAGAAUUUAGUCAGAGAAAGGCCCCACAGUUCCCCGUGCGACAGAUGGGCCAGUGCCGCGGACAUUGUGGUGGCCACUAAGGGCCGUUUGCUGGAUCACAUCGACUUCACUGACGGCUUCGAUCUGACACACUUGAGGUUUCUGGUGAUUGACGAAGCCGAUCGGCAGAUGGAGGAUAUUUAUGAUGACUGGCUGAGUCAGAUUGAAGCGGCGAUGUAUCGGCCGAAGAAAGGAGCUAGCGGAGCCUAUCAUCGCAGUCUGCCAGGACCUUGCACAAUUGCUGGAUCCAAAGAAGUUGUUAUGCAUCCUCAGAAGCUGCUCUUUUCUGCCACAUUGUCACAAAACCCAGAGAAACUGGAGCAGCUCAAUUUGUUCAUGCCAAUUUUGUUCACCUCCGUGGCCUUGACCUCUGAAGUUCCCUCAAGGCAGCAGACAGGAGCAGACGCCACAGCCAAUGCUGAGAACCAGACAGAAGGCCCUGUAGCGGAAGCAGUGGACAAGUUUUCCGCACCAGUCCUUCUCAAGGAAAAGUUCAUGGACUGUAAAGCUGCGGAGAAACCUUUGAUGUUGUUACAUUUCGUCAUCACCAAAAAGUUUGAGAACGUUCUGUGUUUUGCCAACUCUGUGGAGUCUGCACAUAGACUCUUCCUCCUGGUCAAGCAGAUGAGUGGAGUGAGGGCCGCAGAGAUUUCCUCCAACAUUCACACGGAGAAGAGAGAGCGGAUCAUCCGUCGAUUUGAGAGGGGGGACCUGCAGCUACUGAUCUGUUCUGACGUGAUGACCAGAGGCAUGGAUAUCGAGAACGUGAAGUACGUCAUCUCUUACGACGCCCCUUCUUACAUCGAGACGUACAUCCACCGCGUCGGCCGUACAGCCAGGGCCCAUAAAUCAGGAACUGCUAUCACGAUGUUGGAAGGCAAAGAGGUGUUCCAUUUCAAGAAAAUGCUCCGUGAGUCCGGGAGAUGGGGCAAGCUGAAGAGAAUCAAUGUGAAUCGCAACGAGCUGGAACCGUUGGUCCCACAGUUCAAAGACGCGUUGAAGACUCUACCCGAGAUCUUGAAGGAACAGAGAAGACAGAAGAAAGCGUUAUGACCGACGUAGACCCUGGGUUUUUUAUGUAGCCUACACCACUCACUUAUCACCUGUCUCUGUGUCCGUGUGGGU